CUUUUACUAAAUUGUAGACGAAAAUGCAGCUCCUGAACAGCAAGACCCGUGUCCUGAGUGGAUCGCGCCCGUCUGCGGCCGUGAAGGCCGUCCGGGUCGCCCAACCCAGCCGGCGCCAUGCCGUCGGCGUCGCUGCCGCCGUAGCUCUGGAUUUCGACACGAAGGUGUUUAACAAGGAGUUGGCGAAGUUUGCUGAUACUGAGGAGUACAUCGUGCGUGGUGGACGCGACAAGUACCCGCUCCUGAAGGACGCCUUUAAGGGCAUUAAGAAGAUUGGCGUCAUUGGCUGGGGCUCUCAGGCGCCUGCUCAAGCUCAGAACCUGCGCGACUCUAUUGCUGAGGCUGGUGUUGACAUUAAGGUUGCGAUCGGUCUGCGCCCUGACUCUCCUUCGUGGGCCGAGGCGGAGGCAUGCAACUUCAGCAAGGCGAAUGGCACUCUGGGGGAGGUCUUCGACGUGAUUGCGGACUCAGACCUGGUUGUCCUGCUGAUUUCAGACGGUGCCCAGGCUAAGCUGUACCCGCGCGUCCUCGCGGCGAUGAAGCCGGGCGCCACGCUGGGUCUGAGCCAUGGCUUCCUUCUUGGUGUGAUGCGUAACGACGGCGUGGACUUCCGCAAGGACAUCAACGUGGUGCUUGUUGCCCCCAAGGGGAUGGGCCCGUCUGUGCGCCGCUUAUACGAGCAGGGCAAGUCGGUUAACGGUGCCGGCAUCAACUGCUCGUUUGCGAUCCACCAAGAUGCUACGGGCAACGCUGCCGACAUCGCCAUCGGUUGGGCCGUUGCCGUCGGUGCCCCAUUCGCCUUCCCCACGACACUGGAGAGCGAGUACAAGUCGGACAUUUACGGCGAGCGCUGCGUGCUGCUGGGUGCUGUGCACGGCAUUGUGGAGGCGCUGUUCCGCCGCUACACUCGCCAGGGCAUGAGCGAUGAGGAAGCGUUCAAGCAGAGCGUCGAGUCCAUCACUGGUCCAAUCUCCAGGACCAUCUCCACCAAGGGCAUGCUGGCCGUGUACGAGUCCUUCAACGCGGAAGACAAGAAGAUCUUUGAGCAGGCCUACAGCCUGUCCUACAAGCCCGCUCUGGACAUCUGCUUUGAGAUCUACGAGGAUGUGGCCAGCGGCAACGAGAUCCGUUCCGUAGUUCAGGCAGUGAGCCGCUUCGACCGCUUCCCCAUGGGCAAGAUUGAUCAAACCUAUAUGUGGAAGGUGGGUCAGCGUGUGCGCGCCCAGCGUGACGAGUCCAAGAUCCCGCUGAACCCUUUCACUGCGGGCGUCUACGUGGCAGUCAUGAUGGCGACCGUCGAGGUGCUCCGUGAGAAGGGUCACCCCUUCAGCGAGAUCUGCAACGAGUCUAUCAUUGAGGCCGUGGACUCGCUCAACCCGUACAUGCACGCCCGCGGUGUGGCGUUCAUGGUCGAUAACUGCUCGUACACGGCGCGCCUCGGCAGCCGCAAAUGGGCCCCGCGCUUCGACUACAUUGUCGAGCAGCAGGCGUUUGUGGCGGUGGACGCCGGCGUCCCCACGGACGCUGAGGUCAUGCGGGAGUUCCUUUCGCACCCUGUGCACCGCGCUCUGGAGACAUGUUCCAGCAUGCGCCCCUCGGUCGACAUUUCGGUGGGCGGCGACAGCAGCACUGUGGGUGUCGGCGCGGGCGCUGCAAGGACGGAGUUCCGCUCCACCGCGGCCAAGGUCUAGACAGCUGGGCGUCCAGUACUGUCAUGCUGACGGGGUGGUCCAAGUGGUCCAGUCCCAACGACGGUUUCUCGACGGGGGGCCUAAACGCGCAGCAGCAGCGGGGAGAGGCCGCUGAGCGGCACCUAGACCCAGAUUGUUUGCUCCGGUCCGCCUUUGCUGCUGCUGCUGCUGCUGUGCUGCAUGUGGUUCUCCAGGCGGAUCGUAUGUCGAGACGUGUGUUUGUUGUGGAGUGCGGGGCGGAUGUAAGGUGGUUGGGUGUGGCGCGGCCGCCGAUGAAGUGCUCAGAGCGGUUGGGCGCUGCCGGCCGCCAGCUAUAAGCCCCCUGGGCAGGAGUCGGCGGCUUUGUGCGCGUGGUGGUGGUUCUGUUCGGGUUGUGUCCGGGUGGUCUCAAUCGGGGACAUAAUAAUUUGCCUCUGCUUGGGUGACCACAACUGUAAGACGUCAUGCG